AUGGCUUCCUCUCUUGGAGUCAAGCGAUCUCUCUCCUCCGCCCUUCUUUCAAGAUCUCUCCUUUGCCCCGUCGCCUCUUUCAACACCAACGCCAUACGCAACUACGAUCAACACUCUGAUGACCGUAACGUUGAUGUCGAUCGCUGCGCUUUCCCUCGCACACGCCGCGAUGAUCUUCUUCUCUCAGAUGUGUUCGAUCCGUUUUCUCCACCACAAAGCUUAAAGGAUGCUCUACUUCUUCGUUUGGAUAUACCUGGACUCGGUAAGGAUGAUGUGAAGAUCUCCGUGGAACAUAACACUCUUAUUAUUAAAGGUGAAGAAAGUGGUCAAGAAAGUCAGGAAAGUGGUCGUCGAUUCUCUAGCAGAAUUGAUUUAUCGGAUAAGCUUUACAAGAAUGAUGAGAUUAAAGCUGAGAUGGAAAACGACGUGCUCAAGGUUAUUGUGCCUAAGAUGAAGGAACAAGAAAGGAACAAUGUUAUUAACGUCAAGGUUAACUAG